GUGGGCGGAGCCGGGAGCACAGGCCACCCGGCUAUAUCCGCGCCUGCGCGGCGCGGCUACGGGGCCAGUCGGCACGGAGGAGACAAGAUGGCGCUGCGGGCAAUGCGGGGGAUCGUGAACGGGGCCGCACCCGAGCUACCGGUGCCCACCAGUGGGCCUGUGGUGGGAUCUCGGGAGCAAGCGCUGGCAGUUAGCCGGAACUACCUUUCCCAGCCUCGCCUCACAUACAAGACAGUAUCAGGAGUCAAUGGUCCACUAGUGAUCUUAGAUCAUGUUAAGUUUCCCAGAUAUGCUGAGAUUGUCCACUUGACAUUACCAGAUGGCACGAAGAGAAGUGGGCAAGUUCUAGAAGUUAGUGGUUCUAAAGCAGUGGUUCAGGUAUUUGAAGGGACAUCAGGUAUAGAUGCCAAGAAAACGUCCUGUGAGUUUACUGGGGAUAUUCUCCGAACACCAGUGUCCGAGGAUAUGCUUGGUCGGGUCUUCAAUGGAUCAGGAAAACCCAUUGACAGAGGUCCUGUUGUACUGGCUGAAGACUUCCUUGACAUCAUGGGCCAGCCAAUCAAUCCUCAGUGUCGAAUCUAUCCAGAGGAGAUGAUUCAAACUGGCAUUUCGGCCAUAGAUGGCAUGAACAGUAUUGCUCGGGGGCAGAAAAUUCCAAUCUUCUCUGCUGCUGGCUUACCACACAAUGAGAUUGCAGCUCAAAUCUGUCGCCAGGCUGGUUUGGUAAAGAAAUCCAAAGAUGUAGUGGACUACAGUGAGGAAAAUUUUGCAAUUGUAUUUGCUGCUAUGGGCGUAAACAUGGAAACUGCCCGGUUCUUCAAAUCUGACUUUGAAGAAAAUGGCUCAAUGGACAAUGUCUGCCUCUUUUUGAACUUAGCUAAUGACCCAACUAUUGAGCGAAUUAUCACUCCUCGCUUGGCUCUAACUACAGCCGAAUUUCUGGCCUAUCAGUGUGAGAAACAUGUAUUGGUUAUCCUAACAGACAUGAGUUCUUAUGCUGAAGCACUUCGAGAGGUUUCAGCAGCCAGGGAAGAGGUUCCUGGUCGACGAGGUUUCCCAGGUUACAUGUAUACAGAUUUAGCCACAAUAUAUGAACGUGCUGGUCGAGUGGAAGGUAGAAAUGGCUCCAUUACUCAAAUCCCUAUUCUCACUAUGCCUAAUGAUGAUAUCACUCACCCCAUCCCUGACUUGACUGGAUAUAUUACAGAGGGGCAGAUCUACGUGGACAGACAGCUGCACAAUAGACAGAUUUACCCGCCUAUUAAUGUGCUGCCCUCAUUAUCACGGUUAAUGAAGUCUGCUAUUGGAGAAGGUAUGACCAGAAAGGAUCAUGCCGAUGUAUCUAACCAGCUGUAUGCAUGUUAUGCUAUUGGUAAGGAUGUACAAGCCAUGAAAGCCGUUGUUGGAGAAGAAGCCCUAACCUCAGAUGAUCUUCUUUACUUGGAAUUUCUGCAGAAGUUUGAGAGGAACUUCAUUGCUCAGGGUCCUUAUGAAAACCGCACUGUCUAUGAGACUUUGGACAUUGGCUGGCAACUGCUCCGAAUCUUCCCCAAAGAAAUGCUGAAGAGGAUCCCUCAGAGCACCCUAAGUGAAUUUUACCCUCGAGACUCUGCAAAGCAUUAGCUGCUACUUCAUCGCUGGCUCGAUACACUUGUGAAAUACUGGUUCUGUUUUCUUUAUUCCUUUUGCACUCCCCCAUUCCCCCAUCUUUGUGUUGAAGUUUACCUUGUUACCCUGUAAUUAAAAACAAAGACUAGGUAACAUUGUGCCAGUGUUGCAAUGUUUUAAACUUCUAACAGACUUUAAAAUAUCCCCUGUUGAGAAAACCUGGAUCAUCAGUGCUCUUUUUACAGUAGCUGCAGGGAUGGAGGUGAAGUUUUCCUACAGAUGUAUGUGUUUGUACAUAGUGGUGUAGUUAGUUGCCUAAUAAUGUCUUCAUUAUAUGGGUCUCCUCGACCUUCCCUCUCAGCCCCCUCAAGAGUAUCACUGUCUGAAGUUACAAUGCUUUGAG